CCGCUACCCUUGUAAUCAGAAACAACUUGGACCAGAGACGCACUGAACUCAACUGGCCGUGAAAAGCAAACUCUGGUCGGAAAACGCAGGCAGAGUUAGCCGUCGGCCGCCAGCAACAGCGAGAAAAUCAUCAAAUUUUAUUUUCCAGAUUGUACUUCCCCUCUCUUCUACCGUCUUUCGUUGACCCUUUCUUAAACCCUCCGUUGGUGGUUGCAGUACAAUAUGGGGGAAGAAAAGCAACACAGUAUUCCCGCUUUGCCAUGGAUGCGAGACCCCGUCGACGUCACUCUCUCUCAACAACUUCCCCUCCAUUCCGUCCCUUCUCUCCACCCUAAGUUGAAAUUAGCCUUAGAGGAAAUGGGAAUCACGAACCUAUUCCCAGUGCAAGUCGCAGUUUGGCAUGAAACCGUUGGUCCCGGUAACUUCGACCGUGACAUUUGCGUUAACUCACCAACUGGAAGCGGCAAAACCCUCGCCUACGCUCUCCCCUUAGUUCAGAUGCUAUCAAGCCACGUCACCAAAUGUAUACGCGCAUUGGUUGUGGUCCCCACUCGUGACCUUGCUUUGCAGGUAAAAAAAGUCUUCGACGCCGUUGCUUCUCCGUUAGGCCUUCGCGUUGGUUUGGCCGUUGGUCAAUCUUCUGUAGCCGAUGAAAUUUCGGAGCUCGUUGAAAUGCCUGCACGUGAGAUUGGCACGUGUUAUGAUCCGCAAUGUGUUUCGCUUCCUCGGUUUCAGAGUAAGGUUGAUAUAUUGGUAGCUACUCCUGGUAGGCUUAUGGAUCACAUUAAUACUACUAUAGGAUUCACGCUUGAACAUCUUUAUUAUCUUGUGGUUGAUGAAACAGAUAGACUGCUUCGUGAGGCAUACCAGUCAUGGUUGCCUACUGUGCUCGAACUGACCCAAUCCAAGGAUGACGGUUUUUUCCAAUCGGCUGAUUCAUUUUUCCCCUGUUCUGUUGGUGCAUUAAGAACAAGAAGAAGAUGUGGAGUUGAGAGGGGGUUCAAGGACAAGCCUUAUCCCAGGCUAGCAAAGAUGGUUCUAUCUGCGACAUUAACUCAGGAUCCAGGCAGGCUUAUUCAGCUGAAUUUACAUCACCCUUUAUUAUUGAAAGCUGGACAAAUGCGAUAUCGGCUCCCCGAAAAUUUAGAAUCUUAUAAACUGAUUUGUGAAACAAAGGUCAAACCUUUGUAUUUAAUUGCCCUUCUGAAAUCCCUGGGAGAAGAAAAAUGCCUAGUUUUUACAAAAUCUGUGGAUUCAACACAUCGUCUCUGCAAAUUGCUGAAUUGUUUUGAAGAUCUGCAAAUUGAUAUCAAGGAGUAUUCUAGUCUUCAACAUCAACGUGUUCGAAGCAAGACAUUGAAUGAAUUUCGGAAGGGAAAGUUUCAAGUGCUUGUAUCUUCUGAUGCGUUGACACGUGGAAUGGAUGUUGAAGGGGUAAGAAAUGUCAUUAAUUAUGACGUGCCCAAAUACAUAAAAACUUAUGUUCAUCGGGCUGGUAGGACUGCGAGAGCGGGACAUACUGGGCGUUGCUUCACAUUGAUGUCUGAAGAUGAGGUUGGACGAUUUAAGAAGUUGAUGCGAAAGGCUGAGGGUGGUUCUUGUCCUGAGCAUUUUGUUCCAUCCAGUUUAAUUGAGGCACUCAAUACUACCUACCAAUCAGCACUGACAAAAUAUAAGGAGAUAAUUUCAAAGACACAAAAGAAACCCAAGGAUUAGAAUCUUCUCAAUUGAGCAAAGAGAAUGAAAAAAAAACAUUCACGGGAAUAGGUUAUUCAUGAACACACAAGGGAAAAUCAUGUCAGCUUCAUAACAUCAAAGUAACCCCUUGAAAAAUUCAACUAACAAUGGGAGUUCUACAAUGGAAAUGACAGGCUGAAAUCUUCUGGCACGAACUCACGUUUUGGGAAAUAUUCCUAAUGGGGUUUGUUUUCUCGUAUUUCUUGAGGUAUUUUUCUACUAGUUUGAUUAAUUAUCUGACAGGGUAAGAUGUAUGAGAUAAACAAUUUUGUAUCAAUGACAAUGGCAAAUAUUCAUCCAAAUCUAUAGGAAAUAUAUACAAUCAAUUUCACGAGUCAAA